CUAAGCACUCUUACGCGUGCAACGAGCUCUACGAGGUUCCCGGCGGUGACCUGGCUCAAGGCUCAAGCCUGUGUCAAGCCUGUCUCCUCAGGCUGCCCCCUGGGCGGCCGUGUGCGCGCGGGCGGGCCGUGCGAUGGCGGCUUGAGCACCUCUUGUCUCUGCAGUGGGUGGAGUCAGAUUUGUUGUGUGAGUACCCCUUGCUGUGUGGUGCCAUGACAACGCAAUUUUGUGCCUCGUCGACUUCUACUUUGUAUGCCAUGUCCUAUCCCGUUUCUUCUUUCCCAUCCUCGUCGUGGCGGCGGAGAGCGAGAAGGCUGAGACUCGCCAUGUUUCGACAAGCCCUCUUUGACAUCCAUACUCUGCAGUGCGUUCCAGUGGGGAUGCAGUCCCCAGAGGUGGUGCAGUCUCCAGCCGUGGUGCAAUCUCCAGAGAUCCGUGUGCUAGAGGCUCUGGGUGUGAUGACUGAGUCAUUCGACGGAGUCGCUAAACCCGAUGGGCCAACUGAUCGUGGGAAAGCUUUCUCGUCUUAUUCUGUUGCUUAUUCUCCAGAUGCGGUGCAGUCUCCAGAUGGUGUGCUGGGUUCUGUUUCUUUUCUUCCUGGUGUUCAGAAUGAGGAGCUGCAGGGCGAGGAGUUGCAGAAUGAGGAUUUGCAGAGUGAGGAGGUGCUGAAUGAGCAGUUGCAUUAUUCUCAUCAUAAAGAUUCUGUUGAUCCAGGUGUUCUGAAAGAGGAGUUGCAUGAUGAGGAGUUGCAGGGUGAGGAGUUGCAGACUGAGGAGUUGCGGAAUGAGUAGUUGCAGUAUUCUCAUCAUAAAGAUUCUGUUGAUCCAGGUGUUCUGAAAGAGGAGUUGCAUGAUGAGGAGUUGCAGGGUGAGGAGUUGCAGAAUGAGGAGUUGCGGAAUGAGCAGUUGCAUUAUUCUCAUCAUAAGGAUUCUAUGGCUUCACACCCUGGGAGUUCCACGACUGGGAGAUUAUCUAAUGCAGUUGUGAGUUCAGCAGUGACGGAGGACGAGUGUCAAGCUGCCAGGGACUGGGCCCUUUCCGGUGUCGAUGUCAGUGCCCUUUGGCGUGAGCUACACCGACUCCCGAGACAGGAGUUUCAGCGCAGGCGUGCACACAGGCUGCAAAUGGGAAUUGAAAGUUCCGAGGAGGAUGAUUUGCAACAAGGGGGUCCUCAGAGUUCUACUUCCAGGAGUGCAUUGACGCGGAGCGGCAAGAAGCAUCGGAAACGGCACAGAUGAUGCACAUGUGAUUGAUCCUGCACGUAUGUUUUUGACAUUGCGUUGCCUUUCUUCAUGCCUGUGUGCGUUGUCGUGCAUGCGCGUGUGUUGAACAAGAGCUUCGCCUGAUCCCUUAGGUCAUUCGUUGCUUCCUUGAUUUGAGUGCUCAUUGACCUUUGAACGUGACUUUCCGUGAUUUGUCACGUGGUGCCUCAAAGUAGGCCUUUGAUCUGGUCGACACCAGGUUUCACUUAGGCAUGGUUUCACACGUCCAGGUUCCACUUAGUCAUGGUGUCAAAGCACACUCGCUAUCUCAGUUCUCUUAGUUUCGUGUUCUUUCUCAGUGGUGUUGAGACGGUAAUCGCUGUAUAAACCAGUGGUUACUGUAUGGUCUCUCACUGCUUCUUGCUGCCUUGUACAGCUUCUUUGAUCAUCUUUGUCGUUUUGUAUUCUAGUGUAUUGGCAGUCUUGUGCAUAUCUGUACAGCUUCGCUGUUUGAUGCACCUCUGCUUUAAUCUUUGCAGCUUCGCUGUCUUCCUGUACAGCUUCGCUGUUUAGGUCCUUUGUGUUUAGGCCUGCUCCCAUGGGAGCUCGAACCGGCCUUCGCAAAAGACGCAAAAAAAGACCAGGUUGACGUUUCACCGCCGGUGCCAUGUUGUUGAAUUUCUUUACUUAACUCGAGCUGCAGAUGAACUUGAGAGUUUUUCCGCACGUAAGUCGGAAUGAAUCAUGAGGCGCGCUAGUCUAGAGUAUCUAGACGCUUGGCUUGGGUCUGCUAUAAGCGCAGACGCCAAACAACGAGUCAUACUAUUUGUGUUUUCCUUGUGAUGGAAUUCGUCUUCUGGACUGAACUCGAGGUGCAGAUGAGCUUGAGAGCUCGUAGACAUUCGGGAAGUUAUCAUCAUGCGCGCCAUUCGAAAGUAUCUGGACACCCGCGCUCAGUUUGCUAUUAGCGCUAGGGCCGAACACCGAUUCGCGCUCUGCUACUUCCAUGGAAAUGGUACUGUUUCCUUGGAUUUACUCGUGCUGCAGAUGAGCUACAAAGCUGUUCAGCACAGCAAUGGAAAGGGAAUCAUCAGGGGCAAUAUCGACAUGUAUCUGGACGUCUGAG